CCGAGACAGGAAUUGACACGAUCCUCCCGGAAGGGUGCAUUUGGUAUGAACAUAAAUCUGCGCGGUAUUAUACAAUGAAACAUAGCUAGUAGCCCCAGUUUUUUUUCUAAAUGAGUUCUUCUAACCACUGUUUAUAGAGAACUAUCACCAUGGCCAAUUUUAAUGAAGCGGAUUUACCACCAAAUCUGACUUGCCUCAAAAAUGUUGAUAACCUUCUUCGAUGUCCCAUUUGCUUUGAUUUCCUGAGUAUCGCAGUGAUGACAAAAUGCUCUCACAACUUCUGCUCUUUGUGCAUAAGAAAAUGUAUGUCCUACAAGUUGCAAUGUCCAGUGUGCAAUUCACCUACAACAGAACAGGACCUAAGAAACAACCGGAUACUGGAUGACCUGGUCACAAACUUUCAAACUGCAAGGCAGAAGUUGUCAAAAGCUAAUUUCGACUCGCCUCCAUUAUCCCCGACGACCCCAGCCUCUACGGUCAAGUGUAAAACACACAGACAGACCAGGGGCCCCAAGAAGAAUGGCUCCAUCCUCAGUCACUUUUUCCAGAAGGGGCCAAUCACUUCCACAUCAUCUCUCACUACAGAGGCCCCGCCAGCACUUCAUACACAAACUGUGAAAGUAGACCCUGGUCAUCAGGUCUCUGUGAAUGAGGAGCCCAUGGAGGAGGAGAUAACGACCCAGGUGCUGGUGUCUGUGAAGAUUGAGAAGAUGGACAUCUCCAUGACAGGGCUGGCGUCUCUGGCUGACUCGCCGUCCACAUCACAGGACAUGAAGCCUGUAGUUAAAGUGGAGUGUCCUGCGUGUUCUGUGGGCAUCUCUGAACAGCUCAUCAACAAGCACCUGGACACCUGUCUGACCCGAGGGGAGAAGAAGGAGAGCCUUAGGAGCUCCCUAGGUGCUAAGAGGAGGCCGAUGGGGAAGCUGGUGUACACACUGCUGUCCAUGCAGGAGCUGAAGAGGAGGCUGAAGGAGUGCCACCUCUCUGUCCAGGGUAACAAAGAUCAGCUGGUCAGGAGGCACCAGGACUUUGUACACUUCUACAAUGCCCAGUGUGACGCCCUGGAACCGAAAUCAGCCAAAGACAUUGCCAAUGAAGUGGAGGCCAACGAGAAGGCCAGGAACCAACUUCAGGGGAAAACCAAACGUGUCAUGGACUUCUCAAAGAAUCAAAGUGUGGGAAAGAUCGACGAGAUGCAUUCAACUUACAGGAGGCAGCAUAACAGUGAUUUCUCCCGCCUUAUCGCCCAGGUCCGGGGUCGCCUGGAAAAGACCAAGAAGAGGGAGAUGAAACAGAAAGUGAGGGAUGAGGGAGUAGAGGAGGACCGGAGAGCGGGCUCCAGCUCUGCAGAUAAAGCAGCAGAACAGGAACAGAGGGAUCCCAGUCCCAGUGACUCAGAGGCCUUCUGCAUAUUGAUGACAUCACCAGUGGAGGAGCCCUCUGAGGAGCAGCAGCCUUCUGUUGUAGAGGUCAUUUCCAGGUCACCCAGCUGUCUCAGUGACGUGUCCAUCAGCAGUUCCAUCUCCGACGUCUUCGCUGACAGAUGCUAUGAGAGAACAAAGGGUCGUUCGCAUUCAGUCAUCUUGAUGGGAGCCAACUGGAAUAUCAAACAUGUAGUCUUAUCCUACCACCCCCACCUUGCACCCAGGUUUAUAUCCCUCCACCCCCACCUCACGCCCAGGUUAGUAUUCACCCCCCACCGCCCAUUGGGCACUGUUGUGGACUAUAAUAUUGUGAACCUGUCCUUUAUUUAUUUACUUUUCCAUGUCCACUGAUUACGUUCCUGAAAGAUCUGAUUUAUGUACAUGGACAAGCCCUAGAAUAGGCCCCCGGUGUGUCCUAAGGAAUUCCAAGAACAAGUUUGGUUGGUGGCCAAAGUAAUGGUUCCAGAGGGGCUUCCAGACAGACAGCAGCCUUCCUUUCUUCUCCUCUGUCUGGCAUAAGUUAGGCAGGCCUAGACCUGGUCUUGAUUAGAUACCUACAGUAUGUACCGAAGGUAAAUGUGUUCACUGCUGAACAUCCAGAUAGAGAUGGAAAUAGCCGAGUCUGUCAAAUAGGUCUUAAUGAAAUCUUUACCCAAACAACACGACUUACUGAAAGGUUUUUCUGACACCUGGUGAAAAAUACCCUCACAGAUUCACUUAAAAAGUCACUGUGCAUUUCACAGGAACUUCAUGGAAGUUAGUUAUCUAGAAGUUACUGUGAAUUUUGGGUUACCUAAUUGGCAACCAGCUGUCACUAAGUUAUUGUAAAAUUCACAGUAACUUAAUAGCCAGUAACUGACAACUAACUGCCAUUAACUUACUGGCAACUUACUAACAUCUGUGCGAGUUAAGCUAUUGUAAAAUGCAUGGUAACUUAUUGUCAACCAGAUGUCAGUAAGCUGUUGUAAAAUGCACAGUAACUUACUUGCAACUAGCUGCCAGAAGGUUUUCUAAUUACAAGAAAGCUUAUAACAUUAGUUGACAACUCCUAACAAUCCUUUGUGGUGAGCACACUUGGGCUUUACCGUGCCUCAACCUCUUGGUUGGCAUCAAACUGACCUUCCUGACACACCAUCAGGUCAGUGAGCGUGACAGAGAUGAGCCACAGUAAGUUACUGUGAAUUUUACAAUAACUACUUGCAGCAAACUUCCCAGUGACCAACUGCCAUUAACUUACUGGAAAAUGCACAGUAACCUCUUUUUGAAGUGUAACUCUUGAUUGUCACACGCUAUUACAAAUAUUGUAGAACUGGGUGCUCAACCUUAAUAAUCAACAUAGCGAUAAAACCACUUAAACUGGUACAACACUUCCACUAACAGUUGGCACAAAUACAACGUAUAUUAGACCAUGCCCCCAAAUAUGCUAAUGAGCUCCCACCAACAUUUCAAAGUGCAGUGAAAAUAAGUUAAACAACAAAUUUGUAAAAUUACUUGGGGAGGAAAAAACAAAUGCGCUCUAAAGUAUUGUUCACAUUUGAAGUAUAAUGCGACUCAAAUCCACUCUAAUCAGUUCUUUUUCCUGCAAUAUAAACAGCCAAAAAGCACAUGGAAUCGGUGGUUUCAAGCUACAUUUCAAACCACUUUUGGGAAUGUGCUAGAAAGCUAAACGGCUACCUAGCUAGCUAGUUGACUACUGUGGCUAGCCAAAAAGGACUUGUUUUGAAAGUUGGAUCAUCUUAUCCUUUGAGGCUUUAACCCUUGUGUGGUGUUUAUGUUUUUGUUAUUCAUCCAAUGUUCACGGGUCUGAUGGAUCAACAGCAUUAUUGGGUUUUUAAAACAAUACAGCCAUAACAACUUACGUAAAAAUACUUAAUUCUUAGAUGUUGACCUAUAUUAAUUACAAGCAAUAUAGACAGCAUACGUGUGGUUAAUAGUUGCCAUUUACCUCUGCUAGAUCACAUUUAUCAAUAAAAGCUCAUUUUUUGGGGGUGAACAGAAAUAUUUUAUAAUCUAGAGAUGGAUGGAAUAAAUCAUGUUUAUCUUGAACAAAUAUAAAAGAAACAAGGUUUUCAUCACUAAAGAUGUUUAUUGCUUUGAACUGAACAAAUUGGAAGGACAAAUUUUACAUACAGAAUUUGAUGGAAAUUAUAAAUUAGCCCCAUUGAACACAAAUUAAGGCAGGUCUACACCCCACAUGAGGGACAGAGUUUUACUGUGUGUGUUCCAAAUGUAUUUCUUGCACUUGAUGAAUGUGUUCUGUGUCUUCCUGUCCUUCUUGGGUCCACACACAUCACAGCGAUUCUUUUUUAUCUCUCUCUCUUAGGGAUCAUCUUUAAUAUUGCAUCAACGUAAUUGUCUGCAUCAUUUCCAAUCCCCCAUAUAUUUGGGGGGUAAAUAUACAUUAACAUUCAAAAGUUUGGGGUCACUUAGAAAUGUCCUUGUUUUUGAAAAAAAAGCACAUUUUUGUCCAUUAAAAUAACAUCAAAUUGAUCAGAAAUACAGUGUAGAUAUUGUUAAUGUGGUAACUGACUAUUGUAUCUGGAAAUGGCUGAUAUUUAAUGGAAUAUCUAUAUAGGCGUACAGAGGCCCAUUAUCAGCAACCAUCACUCCUGUGUUAGCUAAUCCAAGUUUAUAAUUUUAAAGGGCUAAUUGAUCAUUAGAAAACCCUUUUGCAAUUAUGUUAGCACAGCUGAAAACUGUUGUCCUGAUUAAAAAAGCAAUAUAACUGGCCUUCUUUAGACUACUUGAGUAUCUGGAGCAUCAGCAUUUGUGGGUUCGAGUACAGGCUUAAAAUGUCCAGAAACAAAGACCUUUCUUCUGAAACUCAUCAGUCUAUUCUUGUUCUGAGAAAUUAAGGCUAUUCCAUGCGAGAAAUAGCCAAGAAACUAAAAAUCUCGUACAACGCUGUGUACUACUCCCUUCACAGAACAGUGCAAACUGGCCCUAACCAGAAUAGAAAGAGGAGUGGGAGGCCCUGUUGCACAACUGAGCAAAAGGACAAGUACAUUAGAGUGUCUAGUUUGAGAAACAGAUGCCUCACAAGUCCUCAACUGUCGGCUUCAUCAAAUAGUACCCGCAAAACACCAGUCUCAACAUCAAUGGUGAAGAGGCGACACUUGGAUGCUGGACUUCUAGGCAGAGUUGCAAAGAAAAAGACAGAUCUCAGACUGGCCAAUAAAAAGAGAAGAUUAAGAUGGGCAAAAGAACACAGACACUGGACAGAGGAACUCUGCCUAGAAGGCCAGCAUCCCAGUGUCGCCUCUUCACUGUUGAUGUCGAGACUGGUGUUUAUCAUAAUUUGGUUUUAAGCCAGAGAGGUUUGAAAAAGUUUCUAGAUCCUCUGAGGCUGUGGAGGGAUUCUACUUGUGGAUUUAAAAGAAAACAUGAAUCAUCCGCUUACAAUGACACCUUUUGUUUUUAAGGCAUGGAUUUCUAAUCCUUUAAUAUUAUUGUUGGAUCUAAUUGUAACAGCUAACAUGUCAAUGCCAAUAAUAAAUUGUUAUAGUGCC